ACCUUAAGCUCCACGGAACAACACGCUACUGCUUAAGCACGGAAGAAUUGAAAGUUAUCCAAUCCUAGGCUUUACUGACGAUGCCGGAGCAACCGCCGUGGGAAGAGCUGCCCGAUCAGUGCUGGGAUGAGGUCUUCCGCCGCUUGGUCUCCGCCGAUGUCGAGUCCGUCUCCUCCGUCUGCAAGGAAUUCCUACGCAUCUCCAACACCGUCCGCACCAGCCUUUCCAUCACCAACGGACUGACCCCGCUCCGCCUUGGCUCCCUCCUGCAGCGCUUCACGUUCCUCAAGUCCAUCGACCUCAGCUCGUUCCACGGCGACCCGUCCUCCGUCCUCCGCCAGAUCGCCAAGUGCUCGUUGCCCCUCGAACGCCUCGACCUCUCCAACCGGGAGUCCCUCCGCUUCGGUGGGUUGCGCGAGAUGGGGUCCAAGUUCGGGGCUUUGAGGGUCUUGGUGCUGUCCAAUAUUAGGUUGCUGGAGGAUCCCGACUUGGUUACGAUCGCGGAGUGCUUUCCCAAGCUCGAAGAGCUCGACAUUAGCUAUCCGGGGCAGAGCGAUUUGGAUCGGGUUACGGACGACGGUAUCUCGGCCCUGUCGCUGAGGCUGCAGAGGCUGUCGCGAAUCAACCUUUCGGGUAAUCCGUCUGUCUCUGAUCAGUCUCUUGUGGUUCUUUCGGUGAAUUGCCGGUCUCUGAAGGAAAUUAAGCUUGGGGAAAGUAAUUCAAUUACUGGGAAAGGUAUUGCUUCGUUGAUAGAGAACAGGCCUCACUUGGUCCGCUUGGCCCUGAAUUAUAUGAGAGAGGAGGCGAUUUUUUGUCCGAAGUUGGUGGACUCCUUUGGUCACGCCAAGGGUUUUGUUAGUCUGGAUUUCGCGGGCUCGUUUAUCUGGGAUAGGUUGCUGAUAUCUGUUGCGGAGGCAAACAUUCCGCUCAAGAGACUCAUACUUUCGUGUGCUCUGGGGUUUUCCUUCGACGGGAUUCAGAUGAUCAUGCUACAUCGCCAGGACAUCAAGGUCUUAGAUUUGGAGGCAGUGCUUUUCCUUACAGAUCAUGACAUGAGCGUGAUAUGCAAACAACUUCGCAGUCUGACCCACAUUAACAUCAGUCAGUGCUGGAAGCUCACGAUGACAACGUUGUUUAGCCUGAUGACACAAUGUCCCUUCCUGAAGGCAAUCAAAAUGGGGAAGACAAACCUAAGUGAGGAUGAUGCUAAUGAAACUGAUAUCGUGCUGAAUUCUCAAGUGAGGCAUCUUUGCAUACCUUAUAAUGGUAAACUGACUGACGAAUGCCUCAAGAAGAUCGGGCGUAUGUGCCCCAACUUGCAGUAUCUUGAUGUAAGCGAUUGUCUCAAGAUAACUGGGGAUGGUAUUUCGGGUGUGCUAGAGAGCUGCCCCGAAAUCUGUUAUUUGAAGAUCUCUGGUUUAAAAAACAUCAGGAAUAUAUGCAUCGACUUUGAACUCCCACAGUUGGAGGUCUUGCAAGCGGAAGGCUUGAAACUCAAUGACGAGCAACUAGUGGCAUUUAUAAGCAGAUGUUGCCAUCUCAAGAAUCUCAACUUAAAGGACUGUGUGCAUCUGUCGAAUGAAGGGGUAAAAGAGGUGGUGAAGAAUUGCAAUACAUUGAGGGAGAUAAAUCUAUGGAACUGUAAUAAUGUAGGUGACGAUUUCCCAUUUUUAAAUUGGAUGGUGUGUACGAGGCCAUCUUUGAGGAGAAUAGUCCCACCUUGCGGAUUAGUUCCACCCGAAAUCCAAGAUUUCUUCUUGCAGCAUGGGUUGGCUUGUUAAUGGUGAUUGACUUCAAAGGGACAAUCAAUGAGUAUACAGUGGCACUAGCAACGACACCACUAGAUGGGCAUUUCUACAAGGCAUGAAGUUUGGACAUCCAUAGGUCCAGCUCAAUAUGUGUUCAGAUAGUUAAUCUCACGGAAGCAUAUACUCAUUCAAAGUCAAAACGAAUGAAUCGGCAGCUCUACGAAAGAAAUUCAUUGUCUGCUUGAUUCGGUAGGCACAAUCUUCAGCAAGUUCAGAAUGCUUUGCUGUGUCUUAUAUAUAAACAUGGUUUUGGAAUUAUUUUGAAUGUAAGGUCGAUGCUUCAGAUGUGAGCACCUUUUGUGUAUCAUUGUGCAGAUAGCAAAUUUGAAUGUGAUAAUGUUGUUAUAUUGCUUUGGUUGAAUAGUAAAAGUGAUGAAUCUUGUAGGUAAUGAGUGGGCUUGGGUAUGGCCGGUUAGGGCAUUUCUUUGUGCCCAGCCUCACACUUCAAGCAUAGAAAUUUCAUGCGAUCCUGCCUUGAGCUAGGCAUAGAAACUUCAUGUUCAUCAUGUCAUUCAUUUAGGGAAGGAUUCAAAUCCCCGCGACUGUCCUGGAUCUUAGUGCGAGUGCCAGUCCAUGCACAUAUCCA